ACUGGAGGGAGCUGAGCUGAGCAGAGGGGGGAUCAAAGCUGAGAUCCGUCUCUGUUGGAUAUACCGCGAGGGUUUAUUCGCUCUUCUGUACGGACACUGCUGUGUGAAGGAAAACAUUAACCGUUCGUCUCUGGAUUAUAUUCAUUUCUGAUGUUUUGCUAUUCCAACCCAAUGAGGAGAAAUGGGUAAACUUCAUUCGAAACAUGCUGCUAUUUGUAAACCGAGGGAAAGCCCUGAAGGCGACAGUUUCGUAGUUAAUGCCUGCUUGGCGAGAAAAGGACUCGACGACUGGCUCGUUAAGCAGAAGUAUUACUGCACUGGAUCUCGCCUAGAACAACAGGACUGCCACCAAAAAAGUACCUGCGGACUGUCUUCAAGGGACCCACUGGAAGAAGCUUGUGCUGAGGGUAUUAGUGAUGAACAUUAUCGUUUAGAAGUGGCCCUGCCCCCUGAGAAGAUUGACAGCUGCGGUACAGAGGAGAAGAUGCAGGAAAGAGAGAGCGCCGUCCCCGCUGGCCCACACAAACAGCUACAGUUUGAGGAGCUGGAGUGUGCUGUUUCAGUUGAGGAGGAUAACAGACAGGAGUGGACGUUUACUCUGUAUGACUUUGACAAUAAUGGCAAGGUCACGAGAGAAGAUAUCACUAGUUUGCUGCACACUAUCUAUGAGGUUGUGGAUGCCUCAGUGAAUCACUCGCCCAGCAGCAGCAAAACACUCCGGGUGAAACUGUCUGUCGCACCGGACGCCAGCCAACGAUUGCGGAAUUGUACUCAGACCAAUACAGACACACCACACCCCAGACUCAAGGGAGAAAAGUGCUUUGAGGAGCCCAAGAGCUCAGAGAAGAAGUCCAGAGCCCUGCUGAGGCGUUACCAUAGUGACCACCACACGCAGCAGGGCUGCCAGAGGCACUGUGUAGACGAAAACCUGGAGAGGAGGAACCAUUAUUUGGACCUGGCUGGCAUUGAGAACUACACCUCACGCUUUGGAACGGCUGCGCCCAUCUCUGAGCCACCCAAACCUGACCAACAUGCCCCACGCUCAGCCAAUCAGACGCGUUCCAGGUCCCAUGAACCAGAGAAUGGCCACGCCUACCCCUCAUCCCACCACCGCCGGUCACACACCAUCUCCACAGAAACUCCAGCCCUGCAGGACGGUCUGUGUCCUCGCCCCCGAGCCCUGGACUCCACUCGCCACACACAUGGCUUCCGCUCACCCAAACCCCACCAUCGCACUCCCCCAGCACAGGCUUCUUCCAGCAGGGUUAUGAAGAGGGGUGCCCCUCCGCCCCCGGCCCUGCCUGUUCAAGCCGGACCCCAUCAGAGCUCGGGACCCUACCGCCGGCACAAGCAGCGGCCUAAGGAGGGAGGGCCCUCGUCUCGGGCGCUGGGUCCAGCAGUGACCACUGGACCCGUGGUGGAAAAGGAGCAGGUGAGGGAGCUGCCCAGCAUGGUGCUGUAUGAAGGAGGCCUGGCACAGGUGGUGCAGCGGCACGAGCACCACCACCAUCAUGAGCACCAUUACCACUAUCACCACUUUUACCAGUCGUGAGGAGCGCCACUGGCAGCCUGGGACCCCAAGGCUCAGUGGAGGAAUGAGUGAAGGAAUUAGGUCUGGAAUACGAUGGCUGAGCCAAAACUGAUGGACAGUGGACACCAAGUUAAAGUGGCUGAUUGUACUUUUGUAUGUACAUGGACGGUUGAGCAAGUGUGUGUGAGUCUGUGUCACACAGCCUUCAGUCUUUUCAAAUGCUAGGAUGGCAAAGGGUUCUGGACAGAUUACAGGCUUGGAAAGGGCUAUAUCUCUUUCUUUUCUCACCCCUAUGUUCUCUUGGUCCUUCUUGUUGCCCCUCUUUCGGUCUAUGUGAAGCUGAGGUCCCUAAAAAGGGUCACGACUGUUAAAUGAAGGAUUGUUAACUAUGAAGGAAAGGGAGAUGUUAGAUAGAAUCUCCUUGUGUGCAUGUCUGUGUUCCUGUACAGUACCAGUGAAAUGUUUGGACACACCUGUUUGAAUGUAUGGUGUUCAUAUAUGUUUGAUAUAAAGACUUAUGCUUAAGACAAGACAAAGUAGCAAAGUUGACCUGUAUAUGAAUUUGUGAAAUAUUUAUUUAAAUGCCUCUAAGAAGUGGCUUUCAGCAGCUGCCAAGGUCUCAACAUAUACAGAACCUCUGCAAGACAGUUGGAAAAGCAUCUCAGGUAGUUAAAACCGUAAACCGUAUUUAAAAUUCUUAUCAGACAGCAAAAUCAUAAUUCAGGACACAUUGGGCCAAAAACUGAAAAACUAACAAUAAAUAAAUUUACAUUAAAUAAAUGUACUAAAUUUUUUAAGUACAAAGGCUAAAGUAGGUGCCACGACAACAGUGAGAAGUUGGUCAUCCAGGGCAAUGAAUUCCUUUUGAUUUUUUUUUAAUUUAAAAUACGUCAUGGUGGUAGCAGGGACUCUGCUUUUGUUGUUUUGCAACUCACUUGUCUAAUGUCCCUUGUAGAAACCCCUGAAAUAAUUCCACACAGGCGAUAUAUUCUCACUGUUUUUACUGUGUCUACACUGACCAGGACAGGAAAGGAAAACAGCAUUUUUAAUCACAGUUUCAUAUUUUUAUUAGCCUUAAAUUAUUGGUAAAGUUAUUGAUUUUGACACUUGGUUCUUUGUAAUUUAUUUUUUCAGUCAAACUUUUUUCCCUUUUUUAUAAAAAUUUUAGGUGGCCGCAAUUUGGGUACAUCCCUAAUCUCAGGUGGCUCCUAACGAAGCUAAGAGAAUGCAGAGGGUGCAACACUGCAUUAAGAAAAAGGGAGGUUUAUAUUAGAAACUUUGAAGAAUAAAUAGCUUUAUUUGUUUUUUGGUCAUUGCAUAAUUCAAUAUGUCUUAGCUCAUAUUUCUUUUUUUCAUUUUUAUUUCUUCAGUAUUAUUUUAAAAUAUGUAAAACUGAAAUGUGGAGGUGUGUCCAAACUUUUGCCUGGUACUGUGUGUGUGUGUGUGUGUGUGUGUCCCAAUUGCCUAGGGUGUCUUUGCUGACACAAGUCCUGUGUUCUUGCCACUUGAUAACCACUUGAAAAGCACUUCUGGUUCGGCAUUCGGAAAAAACUUCGCUACGAAAAGCCCACCAGUGGACAAACGGAUCAGACCCAAUUUCCCUUCAUGCAAUACCGGACUCAGCUUCAGAGAAAACAAAACAGGAGUGCAUGAAUGCAGAGUGAGGAAGGAGGAAAAAAUCAUAAUCUGCUGCUACCUCUAGUAUUAUUAUAAUUGUUGAUAAAAAUUAUCAUUUAGAUCUUAUUUUUUAUUUUUUUGUUUUCUUUCUUUUCUAAUAUGCCACCGAUCUACAGUUAUGUCAUCAUACAUAUUUUCCACAGACUUGUAUGUAUGUGUUUAACAAAAAGAAAUGUACUGUCAACAUUGUAAGCUUUAUUAAUGUGAUAUUUUUAUUCAUUCUGUAAAGCUUUUUUUUGUUGCUCCUCAGCUCUAGAUUUAAAUGUUGAGUUUUUUUUCUUGUAAAGACCACUAAGUAUGAAAGAUUUAUAGUGCAGUUAAGUGUAGUAUAUGACAAUAUAUAUGGAAUCUUUGCACAAUAGAGUUGUGAAGUUUCCCUUUCAAACAGAUGACCUACAGUGAAAUCAGACAGAUGUGCAGGUGCGUGUUUGCAAGUUGAGAAAAGUUUUACUUGUGUGUAUGUGGGGGGGGGGUCUGUAUGUGUGUGUGUGUGUGUGUGUAUGUGUGUAACUGUGUGUGUGUGCCAGCUGUCUCAUUCCUAAGGUGCAGGAUGACAGCAGUGGCGGCUUGCAGUCUCCAAUCCAUCCAUAACUCACCAAUGCCUAAAGCCUGCUGUCAGAGGAGCUAGUAAGCGUGUGCGUGUGCGCGCGCGUGUGUGUGUGUGCGCGUGUGUGUGUGUGUGUGUGUGUGUGUGUGUGCAAUACCAUUCCAAAGUUUGGAAUCACUAUUUUAUAUACAGCUACCCCAAAAGUAUUUUUAAACUAUUUAACGAUUAGUAAACUUUAAACUACAUAUUACUUGCAUUUUGCUAAGAAAUUUGUGAGUUUAUGCAUCAAAAACAGUCGUAAUUCAUUUCAAAUGUCCAUUUUGCAACCUCUCUUCAUCUCGUAGAAUUAACAACCUGUUUGCAUAAGACUGAUAUAUGUAAAUAACCUGAUUUGCUGCCCUGUUACUGGCUGAAAUACUGCUUAUAAAUGGGUGGGGCUAAAGUGCUAUAGGCUAAUUAGACGGAUAUACAUAAAUGUCAAAACAUACCAUUCACUCCUCAGUCCACAGUGUCCUUAUAUAGAAACUAAGCUGCAAAAACAGU